AUGAGGCGCUGCAGCAGCAAGACCUCCUCGCCCCUUGUCGCCCUCGCUCUCUUCCUCCUCCUCCUGGUCUGCUCCUCCUCCUUCCACCGCGCGGCAGCUGCUCGCCUCCUGCAGCCUGCUGCUCCUCUUCCUCCUCUGAUUGCUCACCAUGAGGAUGGUGCCAAGGCGGCUGCCGCUGCUUCUUCUGCAUCUGACGGCCUAGUGCUUCAGAGUGCUGCCGUGGUCGGUGGCGACGAGCUUUCAGCCUCCUCCGAGAUGAUGGGAGCAGAGUCGGAGGAGGAGGAGGGUGCAGCGGCGUGCGAGGAGGGCAACGACGAGUGCUUCCAGAGGCGGCUGCUUCACGACGCGCACCUCGACUACAUCUACACGCAGCACAAGGGCAAGCCAUGA